UCCUUAAUCCUGAACUAGUGCUCGACCAUCUGAUUGUCCCGUUAUCGUAGAGAGACAAGGCUGUUCAUUCUCACGUAUAUCAUCACAAGUGUCCCGUUCAGUUACACCGCGAGUCACAAUGUGGGUUCUCUACAGUUGUCUUCUGGCUUUAGGAAUUCAGUACACAGCGGCAUCAACAUGCACCACGGCAUUACAUGGCCGAUGUGUGACUAUAUAUAACCAAUGUAACGUUGGAGAAGGCUACACAUACAACUUCUGCGGUUUCCUACAGAAAUGUUGUAUCCCUCCGCAGCAUACAUCAUCACAUACCCAAACAACCACGGCGCCUCACCACGGAUCCGGAAGUGUCUCCACCAAUAAUGUCGCACAAUGCGGAACAUCAUUGGUUGGAUCCACGCAUACCAAAAUAGUGGGCGGUACUACUGCAUCACAUGGGGAAUUCCCUUGGCAGGUGUCGCUGAUGUAUGGCGGAAGUCAUGUCUGUGGUGGUACUCUUAUUGAUUCACAAUGGGUUGCUACUGCCGCUCACUGCUUCGAGGAUUAUAACAAUGCCCGUUACUGGACGGUAGGCGUGGGCCUGCAAGAUCGUCACCACGUGUACACGAGUCAGGUCCAUCACAUCAGAAACCUCAUCGUCCACAGUGGAUACAACUCGCGAACAAACCUGAAUGAUAUCGCUCUGAUGAAGCUAGAUAAACCGGUGGACAUCAACACUCGAUACACCCGGGCCGCAUGUUUACCUAGCACUUCCGAUAACUUCGAUCAAAUGACCUGCACGGUCACUGGAUGGGGAGCGACAUAUUUUGAUCAGAAUGGUAACGCCCCUGGUUCGCAGUACUUAAGAAAGGUUGAUGUACCUACAAUGACAAACUCCCAGUGUCAGUACUUCUUGGGUAGAAAUCACGUGCACAACAGUAACAUCUGCGCAGGCUUGCGCAGUGGCGGAAAAGACGCCUGUCAGGGAGACAGUGGCGGUCCUCUGGUUUGUAAAAGUAACGGAGUGUGGAAAUUGGCUGGAAUCGUUUCCUGGGGCUAUGGAUGUGGAGACAGGAACGCCCCUGGAGUGUACACGCGGGUGGCAUCGUUCCUCUCCUGGAUCAGUCAACAAAAGGCCGCCCACCCCUAGAUCUCUGAUCAUGUGCUUAAAUAUUUUCUGGUAUAAAGAUUCCGAGUUAA